ACUGCGCUAGAAGCGUAUAAGUCAUAUGCUGUGUUUUCUCAGUGACCCGGAUUGCGCCAGAAAUGGAAACCAUCGCCACUUCCCCUGACCCUGGCUGGCUGCCAUGAACCACUCUUCACUGCAUGCACCGUAUGGCGGUUGUUAAAUCUCACAUGCGCGCUCCCUCGUCCUGAUCCCGGCGCUGAUUCCCGUCUUAGCGCGGCUCCGUGCACCAGGCAGCCGAUGUGCGUCGAUCGUAAUCCUCUCCAGAGCGGCCUGAUAUGACUUGCCGGCGUAUAGCACAUAACUGUACCGCAUCGGCGACGCGGCUGGCUGGAAAGUAAUCUUCCAUCUUUAUACAUAUACCAUACUUUGUACAUGUGCCGCACUGUCGACCGCAACUUGUGCAGACCCCUUUGUCGAGCCGGGCAACAGUUGUCUUUACUGCCGGAACGUAUCAUGUUGCAAGCUUGAAAUUCCCCGCCGAAGGCAAGAGCUUUGCUCCACACGAAUGAUCUGCUGAUACUUUGCACCCGGUUACGUAAAUUCUUGAGAAACGUGCGGACCUUUUGCCUAAUUAGCUGCAACGGUUGAAUUGAUCGUAUAUAUAUGUUGGCGUACUGACUGGGAGCGAUUACACUUGCAUCGGCUGAGGUGUUGACACUCGGUGAUGCGGGAAUAUUGAGGAUAAAAGGCAAGUGGACGACCACCAUAUGGCAGCGGAAAAUUUAAUCGGAUCAGCAUCACAGAUGAGUCGACCAAGCGAAGCACCUGUUGGCGAUGCACAGCCUGCGCCGACUAGCUCGCCAGCACGUCCACAAGGUCUAUCUGGGCUGAAGUCGCAUAAUACUCCCACGGCCGAUCCACGAUGGUUCUCGUUCUGGAAGAGUAAUUUCUGCCUGCGGGACAAUCCUAGCUUUGGCACAUGGGACGGCGUCUUUCCCGCGUCUCUCGCCCAUUUAUUAAACGUCAUCGUCUUUUUACGCACCGGAUGGAUUGUGGCCAAAGCCGGCGUAUACCUGAGCAUUUCCAUAUCGGUGAUAUGUCUGCUGAUCGGAGCGGUAACGGUGUUGUCGGCCAGCGGUAUCCUCCGCCGGUCGUCUGUACCGUGCCGGAGCAUCUACGAAAUCCUGCUGGUCACCCUGGGCACACGACCGGCCAGUUGCAUCGGGAUAAUAUACGCUUUUACCCACGCGCUUUCCUGCUCCAUGCAUGCGAUGGGCCUGGGGGAGUUGAUCAUCGGAUUACACUACGAUGCAAAUGAUCAUGAGUGGGCGGUGCGGGCUGUGGCUUGUUGCUGUCUCCUUUUUCUGGCGUUGUUAAAUGCGCUGGGAAUCAAGUGGAUUAUACGAGCACAGAUUCUAGUGGUCAUCAUCAUGGCACUGGGUGUUACCGACUUCAUUAUCGGCUCCACAUUCCGCAAAGAUCCUUCACGCGGAAUCGAGGGACCAUCGGACAGUCUGCUGAAAGAGAACCUGCAUCCCAUGUUCGACAGUUGGCAUGACUACUUCCAGUCGCUGGGCAUCUUCUUCCCCUCGGUUGUCGGCGUCCUGGUUGGUUUCAAUAUUGCAGCAGAUCUACGUGACCCACAUCGCGAUAUCCCUAAGGGAACCUUCGCCGCUCUCUUCUGCAGCUUCUGGGUGCAUUUGGCAUUCAUUCUUCUGCUGGGAAUGUGCGUGCUGCGCAGUUUUCUCAUUGAGCAUCCCCACACGACUGUUCGGAUGUCAGCUGUUCAAGUAUUUAUAAUCUGCGCAAUAUGCGUUUCGUCCUUUUCGGCCGGAAUGGGGGCACUCUACAAUGCAUCGCGUGUCUUGUCGGCGGUAGGAAAGGAUACCAAUAUCAGAAUUCUGCGCAACUUGGAAUGGGAGUGGCAGCGCUACGGCACACCGGUGCUGUCGAUCUUCGUCAUGUUGUUGGUAGCGUUGAUUUUUGUCCUGAUCGGACGCAUCAACUUUCUGGCUCCCAUCAUCACGACGUCGCACUGUCUGACCUUUGCCAGCAUCAACUACGCAUACUUUGCCCUGUCGACCACCUACAAGAUGCAAGUGGACCGAGAGCAGCAAGCCACCACCCAGUGGCUGCAGCAAGGCCUGCGUGAAGGCCGUAUCGCCUCACCGGAAAGCCGCAGCCCCAAGGCGAUAGCGUCACCGGAAGGUGGAGGGGGCGGAGGCGCAUAUGGAACAAUGUCGCACAGUAGCUCCAUGACCUCGGAGCGCAGCCAUCUGCUGGGCGGAGGAUCACUGGUUACAACACCCAAAGACCUCUUGCUCCCCAUGAAAGUCGCCAGCCCGGUUUUAUCCAAACCAGUGGAAUGGUACUCAAAGCUUCACAAUCGCUGGGUAGCUCUGGCACUGGUCGUGAUCCUGGUGGUGGGAGCAUUUAUUAUUCAGUGGGAAUCGGCGCUGUCGGCUGUCAGUGGUCUCGGUUUAUUGUAUAUCGCUAUGUACUGGUUGCAUCCGCGUACCACUUCAGAUUGUGUAGGAAUUGUGGAAUUUCACCCAGUCGACUGGUUACGACAGAGGAUUCACGGUACGCAGCAGCACAGUGAACUGACUGAGGAGUCGCAUGCCGUUCCUACCGUGGGAGAAACCAGUGUGGCUGCCAAAUCACCCCAACAAGCGGACCGCGAAACUGCCCCUUUUCUAUCCAGAUAACUACUCAUAGUAUAUACGACGGUUUACCGAGCUGACUGGCCACGUACAAGAAAUCCGGGAUUUACUUCAUCCACUGCCGUCGCAGAUUCCAAAUUCUUGAAGAUUUAUUUCGAUCAGGAAGCACUGACCGCAACUAGUAAUUUCAAUUACUUAAUAUGUCAAUAGUAGUUUUUCGAAUGAUGUCUACAGAUACACGUGCAGCGUUACUUUUCUGCAGUAUGUGGCAUAUCAAACGUCUGGCUCCGUUUACCAUCGCAUGCCAACGAAUGACGGUGAUAUCGAUAGUAGUACAGCGAAGUAGGUUUUAUUCUUUUAAUUGACCCUAUUUAUGUCCAUUAAAUAUUUUACUAUAGAAAAGCAGAUAAAAUUAACUGGCAGGGAACCCUUUUUCGUAAUGGUGUGACCAUGGGUCACCAGGCUAAGAUAUUAACCGGAAGUAGUAGGAGGUGCGUUGGAUAUUUCACUUAUUGUAUUUUACCGUUCGCAAGUUCAAAAUUUACUG